UUAUACCUAAUGUAUUGACAGUGUGAGCAGCAUGGGGCCUCAAUACAAGGUGUAAAACGCGCUGGUAAACCCCGAGUGUAACGUCAUCUAAUGACAACGUUCACUUGUACACUCAGCAGGAUUAUUCUUGUCGCGCCAGCAGGAAUCUACUUCAGUAGCUAGAUACGGCGAAUUCUUACACUCAGUGGAUUCGGGUUGACGACGAAGGGCAGAUUACAGCGCGAUUGCAUACUAAAUCAGAAUAUAAUGAGUUAUUGAACGGUGAACUUGUGUUAAACGGUUAAACGCAACACGUACCAACUUGUGUACACGGAUUCCAAGCCUACCGCUGCAACGUAGAUAUAGUGUACGCGGUUCACACUACAACUUACAUAGUCUAGUCUAGUUCUAGCAGAUUAAAGGAGAGCACAAGGCGCAAAAAUGUCUGGUUUUGACGAUAAUCCGUUCGGGGAUCAAACAAUUGACAACCCAUUCGCUGAUCCUGCUGUGCAGCAGGUAACCAGUAGAACACAGAAUCAAAUCCGUGUGGAAGACUAUAAUCCCUUUGAGGGGCAGCCUGCAAACAAUCAUGCAGUUGGUUACAAUCAGGGUAGCAAUGCCAAUCAGCCAGCAGUGAUGCAACCCACUCAAGACCCACCAAUGUACACACAGAGUGCACAGCAAACACAGAGACCUGCUUUGAAUACAGCUGAAUUACAGAGAAAACAAGAGGAGCUUGAAAGAAAGGAGGCUGAACUUGCCAGACGCGAAAAUGAUAUGCUGAAUAACCCCUACAAUGUGCGCCGGAACAACUGGCCGCCAUUACCUGAACAGUGUUGUUUCCAGCCAUGCUUUUAUCAGGACAUCCAAGUGGAUAUCCCGUUGGAAUUCCAGAAAAUUGUACGACAUUUGUACUACCUAUGGUUGUUUCAUGGUCUAGUGAUGCUCAUGAAUGUGGUUGGCGGGUUUGUCUUGUGGAACUUCACCGUGAUUGGCAUGGGUAUCCUCUUCACGAUCAUGUUCACGCCGUUCUCGUACCUCUGCUGGUUCCGGCCGGCGUACAAGGCCUUCCGUUCCGACUCGUCCUUCAACUUCAUGGUGUUUUUCUUCGUUUUCUUCUUUCAAUUCGUGAUUACCACUAUUCAGACGAUAGGAAUACCUGGGUCAGGCACAAUUGGAAUUAUCACUGCUCUGGAACAGUUCGACAAUGAAGUAAAGGGUAUUCUUCGAGGAUUAUUCGCUCUGGCGGUGGCAAUCGGCUUCGGAUGUGCUGCAGCAGCAGAUUUGUUCCUGAUCUCUAAGAUACAUCGCAUGUAUAGAAGUACAGGCGCAUCAAUGGCGAAAGCCCAGGCGGAAUUCACAUCCGAAAUCCUCGGCAAUCAGCACGUGCGCGACGUGGCGUCCAACGUCGCCUCCGCGGCGGUCGCGUCGCAGUUCUCACAGAACCAAACCCCGACGGGCAAUCGAUACUAAGCAACUAAACUAAAAACUUAUUCCACCGGGUUACACACGCAUUAAUUCUACACUUAAACAAACGAAGCAGAGUCGUCAUUUGUUCUUAACUUGUUACUACUACUAUCAAUCUAUAUAAAUAUUAUAUUAUAUGUGAAGACAACUGACAUUACUCUCGCAUAUUUACCAAUGUUCGCGUUGAUGAACGUUAAUCAAUUAAUUUAGUUACAUUAUUACCACGCUUUGGGUCGGAUCUGUUAUCGCGUGAACUGUACUGUAUUAUGAAUCAUGAGAUUAGCGGCGUGUUUGUUUGAAACCGAGAUAGCGCAUGAAACUGAAUGGUUUCUAUAUAUUUUUUUUCUAAAGCACGAGAUUCAAAUAUUUGUGUUUGAAAAAAUUACUACAGCCGCGAAUCGAGUUGUGCUGGAUUUGUUUACGCAUAUUGAUUAUACUGUGUACUGAUUAGUGUACAUACAUAUUAUAUUAUUAAUAUUUAAACGACUGGGCACUAAA